AUGAAUGUCAGUAUAGAAUUAUUAAUAGUUUUUCUUUCUUUUUAUUAUUUGAAAAAAAGAAAGAAAAAAAAAACAUUGUCACGGGUUUGUCUUGAAACCCUCUUAUUUCACAGACACAUAUUCUCUCACUCUCCCACAAAAACCCACCUUCCCAAAAUCUCUUAAUAUAAAAUCAAAAAAACACACACUAAACUACACAAUACCUUUCCUCUUUCCCCACCCUUCGUCUCUUCUCAUCAAAUGGCUCUAAUGCUUGAUAGUUGUGAUGGCGUUUUGCUUUCAUUAGACUCACACAAAGCAAUCCCAGCUCCGUUUUUAACCAAAACUUACCAACUUGUCGAUGAUCCUUCCACUGACCAUAUUGUUUCAUGGGGUGAAGAUGACACUACCUUCGUCGUUUGGCGUCCUCCUGAAUUCGCUAGAGAUCUCCUCCCUAACUAUUUCAAACACAACAAUUUCUCUAGCUUCGUACGCCAGCUCAACACUUAUGGUUUUAGAAAAAUUGUACCGGACAGAUGGGAGUUUGCGAACGAGUUCUUUAGAAAAGGGGAGAAGCAUUUAUUAUGUGAGAUCCAUAGACGGAAAACCGCUCAACCACAAGUUACCGUUAACCAACACCAUCAAUCUCACUCUCCACUUAAUCCCGGUUUUUACCAUUUCCCCACUGCUCGACUUAGUAUUUCCCCUUCCGAUUCCGACGACCAAAACAAUUAUUGGUGUGACUCGCCGUCGCCCAACAAUAAUAAUAACAACAACUCCGUUACCGCUCUAUCGGAAGACAACGAACGGCUCCGUCGAAGUAACAAUAUGCUGAUGUCGGAGUUAGCCCAUAUGAAAAAACUCUACAACGAUAUCAUUUAUUUCGUACAAAACCACGUGAAGCCGGUUGCUCCCAGUAAUUCAUAUCAAUACUCAACCUCCACGUCGUUACUCUCCGAUGGGUUUCCGGUUGUACGACAACCCAACCAUUACCAUCAUCAUCAUCAAGUAUCGAGUCAGAUCCGGAAUAAUACCACCGUUGGAACGAAAAGCUUCGUGACGAUUCUAGAAGAAGAACAGCAACAACAACAGCCAAAGACAAAGCUUUUCGGUGUGGCGAUUCAAUCGAAGAAACGGUUACAUCCAGAGUAUGGUAAUUCUCACAGCAACAACAACAACAAAGCGAGAUUGGUUUUGGAAAAAGACGAUUUAGGCCUUAAUCUCAUGCCUCCUUCUGCUUGUUAAUUAGUUCUGAUAUAUUUUUUUUUUUCUUUUUGGAGGGAAUUUUGUUAGAAAUCCCAGAGGGGAGUUGAAUCCUUUUUUCAGUGCUGCAUUAUUUCAUAUGAUCAUAAUUGAAAUUAGAAAAAUGUGUGCGUGCGUUUGAUUUGUGAUAGCACUGUAAGUUAUCUUCUACAUGUAUAUAACCCUCAUUGACGCUA